UAAAUUUUUUCACUCAAUCUUCACAAUUCAGCUGAACUAGUUUCCUCCGUAAAAAAUCUGAUACUUUAAUUUGUAUAUAUUUGCAUCUUGAAUCUCUAUCGUUCCCAGAAAUACUGGAAAAAAUGAUUUUAAAAGUAUUCUCAUCCCUUCUCCUUGUCACCUUGAUUGGUCAAGCUUACGCCUUGCAAUGCUAUACGUACGAGUGUCGUGGUGAGAGCUGUAAAGACUUUCAAGAAUCUGAAGAUAAGACGAGUUACAUAGGAACAUGCCCUUCUCAAGCUACAGGUUGUCGCCACAUCAGGGGCGAGGUGACUGCCGGACAUCAAGGUGAGGCGCCACCACCCCCCGUUUUGGAACGGAGGGAUUGCUGGACGCCGGGAAUGAACGGGAUGCAAGCGGACGAGGACACUUGUGCAGAAGGGGGUGGUUGGAACGAAUUUUGGUCACGGGAAGGGAAACGGUGGGACGUCGAUAUUCAAGCCGAUCAAUGUCUCUGCUUCUCAAAUUUGUGUAACGGGAAGGAUUUGCCGUCCCCUGCGGGUAAUAAUGUCGGUCAAAUUAUGACAAUAAGUUGCGCCACAGCAUUUUUUGUUGCUGUUAUGAAAUUUUACUGAGGUUUUGAUCAGAUUGAGAUUUAAUCGUUACGUAAAUAAUUAAGAAGACCAGGUUGUCUCCUGUGGUUGUUGUGAUGAUACAUAUACAUACACACAUAUGUGCAUAUAAAUGUAUGGAUGUAUAAGGCUUUAACUACAUGAAUACCGUUUUUAAAAUAUUUUGAGUCUUAAAAUUCAGAAGGAUCACUGGAGUAAGUAAUUGUGGAAAAUUAAUUUCAAUAUUGCAAAUGAACAAUGAAUAAAGAUAAACAAAAUAUACUGGUAA